AUGUCGUCCCAGUGGCUUCCUGACUUCGUUCUUCAACGUGGCCAAGAGGCUGAAAGUUACAGCUCUACUCGUGGGAGACUUUCUAACCCGUUUGACUUGGUUACUGAGGACGCGUGCAUCAUAUCAUUGGAAAGAAAGAGCCGCCACCUCACCGAGGUUUUUGCUGUUCGCGAUAGGAUCCAUAAAAAGUUCCGCGGAUUUGUUGAUAAUGUUGCAUCUGAGUUUGUUCUCAAAUCCUCACUAACACAGCUGGGUAUCAACGCCGAGGAUAUUAAGAUUAACCUUGAUCGGGGUGCUUUACGGGCCGAGAUUCGCAUGAAUUUGGUUGCCUUAUCACCCCUUGGUGUGCUCAUGUUGGAUUACAUUGGUGAAGGAGCCUAUAUUGGGAAACUUUUUGCCUUGGAGGAGGUUCGGAGGGUGCGGAAUGUAAGCUAUAUUAACCGCCUGCUCAAAACCUUGGACCAGGCGGGCCAUUUUCUCCUCAACUAUGGUGACUCUUCUGAACCAGACUGGGAGCUGAAAAUAGUGGAUGGUCGCGUGGUUGCAUUUCUGCCCAUUCUUGAGGGCACCUUUGCGUAUAGUGGCGAGGUGCAUGGCCUUCUUCCGACCAUUGGAGCAGCAUUAAAGCACCGGACACGUUACAAGGAGUUACUGCGCCUUCACCAAGAGUUUCGUCUGAACUACACUCGUGUGGCCUCACCUGAGGGAGUUUUACUCGUACGUGGCCUUGCGAUGCAUCUUCGGACGCUAUUUGGGCGUGUGGUGGAUGAACUUCUUCCUAAGGGUCUUAAAUCAAUGAGUUCACGUGUUAUUGAGCCCGACACAGGCCUCAAACAAAAAUUACAGAAGCGUACCUUUGUUUUCUACGGUGAAUCUUCAGUGGAGCUGACGCAUGUUCCAAUUGAAUUUUUUACCCUGGAGUCGUACCGAGAGCAUGUACCCUUUUCGUUGCGGAAGACACUUUCACAGCGGUGUGGAUGUAAAGCUGAUGUCCUUUCCGUAUUUAGAACGGCACCCAGGGGUAAUGAAUGCUGCUGCACAUAUAUUUGUAAAGGUGGCCAAUUCAGUGAGUUGACAUCAGCGGACUGGGUCGUGGCGGACCCGAAGCCGCUGCCUUAUGUUGGCUACGAAGAUCCGGGGCGCCAACAAGAGAUUGCACAACAAGCAGUUUACCAGGAAUGUGAAUACAGCAUUCUUUCCGCCAUAGCAGCUGGCGAUAUUACGAGCGAUGGUGUCCUCAUGACACGCUAUUUUCCAUCUCCGUCUUUAAAGUCAUUGAUUUUGUCCUGUUCCGUCGGAAAGAAGGUGCGUGCAAUUUUUUUUUCAAAGGCCUCACGGCAUCACGGGCAGUUUUUUAGCCAAGAGGACAGUGGCCUUCUUUGUGAUUUGAAUACGUUUGGGAUUUUGGUUUUCUAUGUGGACGAGGCGCAUGGUGAAAUUUACCAAUUUAUUCGGCGCCAGGACCGUGAUUGUGGGGUUUUUGUCCCUGUGGAGAGACGGCAGGAAUAUCUGCUUGCCACUUUCUUUGGUGUUUACGGCUCCAACCUGAUGGAAGGCGAUUUUGAGGCUGAGCUCAGAUUCCUUUUUAACGGUAUUUUGCGUUUGAGACAGUACUGUAACCAUCCUCUUUUGAAUCCCGGCAAGACCCUCGCCCUUGUCACUGGUGGAGGUCCUGGUGCCAUGGAAGUGGGCAAUCGGGUUGCCAAGUCGCUUGGUAUCUUGUCGUGUGGUCUGUUUGUUGACUUUGGCUCCCUCUCCCACAAACCUGGAGCCACGAUCAAUGAGCAGAGAAAUAACCCGUAUAUUGAGGCUUUCAUGACGUACCGUUCGAAUAAGCUUGUGGAGCGUCAAUCGGACUUUAAUUUGGACUUCCCCAUUUUUCUGACUGGAGGCAUUGGGACUGACUUUGAGUACGCACUUGAGGAGGUCCGUCGGAAAGUUAGUUCCGUACCCCCGAAUCCUGUCAUUCUCUUUGGAACAUUGGAACACUUCAAAAAUAAAAUCACGGGACGCUACCAGGAAAAUCUGCGGAGUGGAACAAUCAAAGGAUCAGAGUGGAUUUGCAGUAUUCCGUGGCUUGUAACAACGGGAGCGGAGGCACUGGAAAUUUAUAAGCGAUUCUUUAAUGGCCAGCUUCCCGUUGGUCCAGGUCAUCCACUCAAUGAUCUUGGUUUUGUUGUUGCUUCAGAAUAUUUGGCAAAUCACCCCAUGUAG